ACAUUAUACCAGAUAGCCUCAAUUAAAAUACACGGAGGAGUCUUUAGAGGGAUUUCAGCGACAACAAAAUGAAAUUUACAGAAAUAUUUCUGCUGACAUUCUUGUUGAUUAUUUUAACAUGUUUCAUUGACUUCAAUGAUGCAGCCAGAGAAGCGUGCGGCCAAGUUUUAGGUGUCCAGUUGUAUUGUCCGUCUGGGUACCACUGCUGCAGCAAGAUAGAUUCCACAUGUUGUUCGGUCGGCUUCAUUUGUGGUGGAACAGUUUGCAUCAGUAUUGCCGCCAUUGUUAUACCGUGUAUCAUAGUGGUUAUUAUCAUCGUAGUGGUCGUCGUUAUUAUCAUCAAGAAGAAAAAGGCUCAUCCAGGGGUCGUGAUCGGUCCAGGUAAUCCACAACCGUCUGCCUACACUUCGUCUGGUCAAUACACCUCGUCAGGUCAAUAUCCCGGCCAAUAUCCACCUCCACCUCCUAAAUAUUAACAGAAGCCAAGUUAAACAUGCUCCAUGCAGACUGAACAGUUUUUUCAUGUUUUUAAACCCUCUUCGUCUGACAAGAACGACGCCUUGAAUUUUUAUUUUUUAAAUUGUGUGAUCAAAUUUUUUCACUAUUGUUUGUAUAUUGUGAUGAUAAAAAAGUAUGUACAGUGCACGUGUAUAUACUAUAAUUCUACAAAUAUACACAUAUAUAAGGUUUAUUUACUUGCCUGUACUUGUCAGUACUAAUACCCUCUCCGUUUGUCGGAAUCAGCUUUAUUAACAACAAGUAUACAUGACCAUCAAAAGCU